AACUACAUCACUGAAGUAACCCACACACACACACACACACACACACCAACACAGCUCUCAUAGUUAAUUUUCAUGUUACAUGUUUACCGGUGUUUACUAAUUAAUUCAAUACAAAAUCCUUUGCCACCGGAAGUGUCUAUAUGAUUUUAUUUUGUAUUUUCUGUGCGCACUUCCUGUCCUGACUGGAGCUGAACGUAUUAUAUACGGGACGGACAGAGGAGACAAGAUGUUGAAUUGCAGUCCAUGGGCUCUUCUGCCUCCCAUCUACUCUGUGUGCAUAGCUGCUGGACUGUGGGUGGUAUACUUUGUAGCUGUCAAUGAUGGGAAGAUAGUACCCUUGGGCUCACAUGACAGGAACAUAAAAGGAUCCCUUUAUCCUCCGUACAUAAGUGUUGCAGGCAACUUUCCACCAGCCAGCUGUAUCUUCAGUGAGGUCAUGAACCUGGCAGCAUUUGUGGGGUUCACUAUUGCCGUCCUAAGAUACAUUCAGCUGAGACACACAAUCGACAGCAGGCUGAAUGCGGUCAGUCUGGUGGUUUUCUCUAUUGGCUGCUUUGGAAUGACACUUGUAGGAAACGUCCAGUUAUUUACUGAGGAGGUGACUCACAACUUUGGCACCCUUUUGACGUUUGGACUGGGAACAGUCUUCUGCUGGAUGCAGUCCUACAUCACCCUGAGAGUUAACCUGAGGAAUGAGGGGAGGAUGGUUGCUCUCAUUCGUUUCCUGUUGUCUGGAUCCAUCACUGUCUGCGUGAUAGUCCGUUCUCUCCUGAUGUCUCAGGACCUCGACAUGCAUGCAGCUCGAUGUCAGUGGGCUCUGGUCAUGCUCUUCCUCAUCUUCCUCAGCACUUUUGCCAUAGAGUUUCGUCACAACUACUUCAACAUAGUGUGCACAGACGUCUCUGGGCGUCCCGUCAGCCUGUCAGAUGCCCACUCUCAAGCGUCCAGGUACCAGCUGGACCAAAUGUAGGAAUGUAACUUUUACAGAUCCUCAGGUCCAACUGCAUGAGAUGCAUGUAUCAGCAACUUUUAGAUGCACCUGAGGAAGCCGUACCACAUGGCACAUGAUCACCACUUGCUGUAUGCUUUUUUAUUUGAAUGUCACAUAUAUAUUUUUUUAUUUUUAUCUACGAACAUGUAAAAGUGAACUUUUUUAAAAUACCACACCAGAAAUCGGGUCAGUUUAUCAUUCAGUGGUUCUUUGUUUAUGGAUGUAUGACAUGUUUGCACAGUAAGCAAUCAGCACCAAAAACAUACAGCAAAAUUUUGUGUUUACAUAUAUACAUGUCUUUCAACUCACAACUCAAGUUUGCUGUAAACACAAAGUCAUUUGCAUAAUGCAUAAGCUUAAUCCUUUGUUUCUGUGACACUAUUUCACACACACACACACACACACACACACACACACACAUUUAUCAAUCAUUCAUUGAAAAUAGUUAAAUUAAUGUUACAUUCUUUUUUAGUUAUUUAUUAUAUAGUUAUUUAUAUGGACCAUAACAAAAUGUUUUACUUUAUUUACUGCUGCUUGUUGUUCCCUCAUACUGACCAAUGUAUGUUGGUCUGUUGCCACAACUGACACACAACUCUGUGGGUUUUGAAGUUGUGUGUGUGGACUGGGUAAGCUGCAGAUGAAUUGCACAUCUUGGGAUCAAUAAAUUUGUCUGAAUCUGAAUCUGA